GUUUUCGCGUAUCCGCCAUUUCAGUUUUUGAAGUUAGUUGUCAUCGGCGGCUGGAUUGUAGCUGGAAUUCUGCCGCUAAAACCUCCUGUGUGACUGAUAGAGCUGAAUUCUGACCUCAAACCAAACAAGAGUCCCUUUUACAACACAGUUGAGCUCCUGUAUCGGCGAAUUGAUGCCCAAACGGCCAGCUGCGGAGGUCGCCUGUUUACUAAACGUGCUCUAGGCGCUAAAGUUUUUGUAUGAGUUGAAGGCUCUGCUUCUGGAUAACGGGAGGGAGAGCAGGGAAGGCCCCGGUGAAGCCUCGGCUUUGGAGUGGAUAUCAUGGCCGGAAAUUUUGACGCGGAGGACCGCGGCAGCUGGUACUGGGGUCGGCUGAGCAGGCAGGAGGCUGUGUCUCUGUUGCAGGGACAGCGGCACGGCGUGUUUCUGGUCCGGGACUCCAUCACCAGCCCCGGCGACUACGUGCUGUCGGUGUCAGAGAACUCCAAAGUCUCGCAUUAUAUAAUUAACAGCAUCAGCAACAACCGACAGUCCGGUCCAGGUUUGGCUCCUCCGAGGUUCCGUAUUGGUGACCAGGAGUUUGAGGCUCUCCCCGCUUUGUUAGAGUUUUACAAAAUCCACUACUUGGAUACUACGACCUUGAUAGAACCCAUCAACAAGUCUAAACACCCAACCUUCAUGAGCAGUGGCCCCGGUGGAGGCCCCCCACCACGCCUGGAAGACGAGUAUGUCCGAGCGCUUUUCGAUUUCCCCGGCAAUGAUGAAGAGGAUCUCCCGUUUAGGAAGGGUGAUAUACUCCGAGUUCUGGAGAAGCCAGAGGAGCAGUGGUGGAACGCCCAGAACUCUGAAGGCCGGACGGGGAUGAUCCCAGUGCCAUAUGUAGAGAAGUACCGACCGGCAUCUCCAAGUUCGGUGGCAGGGCCUGGCGCACCUGGAGGUGCACUGGGUGGGAUGGGGAUGCUAGGGAACUCUGAUGGCUCUGCAGCCCAGUCUGGUGCUCCACUACUGGGAGACCCCAGUCAGUACGCCCAGCCCACCCCCCUCCCAAAUCUGCAGAAUGGACCUGUGUAUGCCAGGGCCAUACAGAAGAGGGUGCCCAAUGCCUACGACAAGACUGCCCUGGCCUUAGAGGUGGGCGACAUGGUGAAGGUGACCAAAAUAAACGUGAACGGCCAGUGGGAGGGGGAAUGUAAAGGCAAGCGUGGCCACUUUCCCUUCACACACGUCAAACUGCUGGACCAGCACAACGCUGAGGACGAACUGAGCUGAGAGUGGACAGCCGGGCCGCUACCUGGACACUAGUAUUAGACCCUUCCUCUCUUCUCCCUCUCUUCCUUCCUUCCUUCCUUCCCAUUCUGCACACCCACUCGCCUCCCCCCUCUCCCUCAGCGUUGUCUCCAGCUUCUACCUGCACCAAGUAUGGUUUCAGAGAAUCACUGAGAACAAAACCGGCCCUUGUUGGACCCUUGUACUGCACACAUCCUCCAUUUUUACCCACCUAAAUAAUCAUACCCACCCUCCUCCUCCACCUGCUUUCACUGACGGACUGACUCGGAUCAUAUUCUCUACUGCGGAACACGGAAGAUAAACUGAAUCUCCUGUUCCAUGGAUAUGGCAACACCCUCUAGUCCCUCCCUCUGUCGUGUCCCGACCACAGACACGUUAUCAACACUCACUCCUCAGGAGACUCCUCGCCUCAGAGUUCAACCACUUCCUCUUCCUGUGUCGGAGCCAGUAGAUAACUGCUCAGCACUGUGGCGUUUCUCAUCCUCAUCCGUCAUGACGGUUUCAACGCUGUAGCGUCACUCAUGCUGCAUUCAUGUCGAUUGGAAUACACUAAUAACCUGAAUAAUAACAACACAGUUUUUAUGUGUUUUCUCUACAGGGUGUCCCUAAAGUCUGGACACAUAGGAAAUCUCAUCAACUAAGAUUAAAUAUGGUUUUGUUGAAAGAUUAAAUCCAUCUGCUCUCUUUCCAUAUGUCCGUCCUUCACAUCUACUGAGAAGUACCAGUUUAUAUUUAAUCCAUGGAGGCAAAAAAAUGAUAGAAAUUUCCUGUGUCCAGACUCUAGGGACACCCUGUAGUUUGUCAUAUUGAGAUGCUUGUUUGCUGUCUUGCCAAGAGUGAAGUAAGAAGAUUAAUUCCCAUCUUAUGUGCACUGAAAACAUGAAGCUGCAACCAGGAGAUGUUAACUUAGCAUGGACUGAAAGAAGGGGGAAACAGCUAAAUGUUGAGUUGUUUCCUUUACACUUUGGAUUAAGCAAACUGGAUUUGACAUGUUAAUUAGUGAGCUUAAGGAGUUCUAGUGUUACCUUUGGACUGAGCCACACUGGCUGCUGUUUGCAGUCUUGGUGCUAUGCUAACUGCAUCCUGGCUCUAGUUUCAUAUUUAGUGCACCAGCAUCAGAGUUCUCAUCUGACUCUCAUCAAGAAAGCAAGUAACCAUAUUUGCCAAAAUGUACAACUGUUCUUUUAAUCCUGACCUUCUUUCACACUUACAGUGCAUGUAUGAAGGAAGUGAUGAAUCUGAACACAGUAAAGCUACAUUUGCCUUUCAUCUGUUAAGACUGCUAUGUCUGGUGGAGAUAUCCUGGUCUUCACUAACAUUCAUUCUACCAGACAGUUAUUGAAGGGAUUUAAGUUUCUUUACAUCAAAUGAGCAUUUAAUGAGUGAAUAAUGUUUCCUGGUUGAGGUGAAAGGUAUUUUGAAGUUUAAAAGUAUGCAUCUAACAACAUUCAAAUUAGACAUGAAUGCAGCAUUACUUUGGGUUAAACCAAGACUGUGAAAGAUGGGAACAGCAAGGCUCAAAUACAACAUUUUGGAGAGAAGAUUUAACCGACAAAUACUGCACCUCAGAAAGAAAUGAAAGCUCAGUCAGCUGGAGGUGUACAGUUCUUCUGGAGGAGCAGACCAAGGACCAGUCCAGCAUUCACCCCACCCUCCCACCAAGUACUAAAUGGAGAACAUAAAACUGAGUUAAGACCAGCAGCUAGGAGCGACUUCAUGUAGUUAUAGCCAUACAGCAGGCCCCAGCAGCAAACCAGAGAAACUGCAACACUGUUGUGGAGGUGGCGAUAAAGCCAAACACUACAUUCUCUCACCUCCCAGCCCGGCUUACCUCAGCCCCCAACCACCCGUCACCUACGACCAAGUACCACCAAGUAGUCUUUUGUAAGAAAAAAAGAACAUAUUGUUAUGAAAUGAUGUACUAUGUGAUUAUCAUUACAUGCUAAAUAUUGGUUUUUGUUAUCUUUGUAGUUUUCUUCAUAGCUGGUUUUGUCCGGGGGAAACACUUUUUACUGCUGCAUGUUGGGAGGCAGUGAUGGGUCGGUGGUGCAAAAUGGAUGAACUGACUCGGGAUGGGGCACAUCUGUUUGCCCCCAGCCCUCACAAGGCCAUGUGUUCUCUUUCUGCGUCUGAUGUACAUGAUUGAAGUUGAACAGAGUGAAUGUAGGCUGUCCACCAUGUUAGUUAGUACUGUCUUCUCAUAUUAGUGCUCUCCAUUCAGCUCACUAAAUAUACCUUAGCAACACAGACUGCGCCAUGUUCACAUCUUGUCAAAUGUGUGCAAGAAAAGACUAACUGGUAGUAUUUGGUACCUACCCUUUGUUUUUAACCUUUUAAUAAUCUUAUUGCCACCUUGCACCGGUUAGUCCUUUUAAUCCUCGGCCUUAUCAGCCUGUGUUUCCUUUGUGCUUCCUCAGUUAAUCUUCUUCCACUCUUUUAUUUAAAGCCUCAUCCAGUUGAAGUGCACAAGCCAAAAUGGACUUUUCCUUUUACUGUUUUAUCUCUUCCCUGUGCCAUUUCCUCAUUGCCAAGAAAUUAAGUUGUAGUUCAAAUUGCCUUUUUUUCCCCCUUCAAAAGGUUGUUUUCUGUUGAGAUUGAAUCAGUCUGCUUGUUGACACCUGACAAUCAUCACCCUCAUGUAUCAUAAUGCACACUGGUUGGGAUUGAAGCAGGCUGGGAGUGUAGCAUAGACCUUUGCCAGAGCGAACUUUAUCUCGUUUAAAUUUGACCUGUGAGAACUCUGUGUCUCUUCCAAGUGCAGAGUUCCUCUCAGGUGUCAUGCUACAGUAUUUCUGGCCAGCACCUCAUGUCACCUUUAGGUGGCACUGUUACAAUAUUCAGAAAGAUGAGGUCCUUGAAGGCAUUCUCUACCAGUGCUUAUGAGAUUAAAGGAGAUGAAAUUUGACUUUUAACAGAAUGCACUUACUGUGCUCUCCUUUUUAGGGUUGUAAUUAUCCUUAAUUGCUCCCACACAUUAGUCUCUGACCGUUAUAGCUUUUCCUGACAAGCCCUGUCCUGCUUUCACAUUUAAUUUUCAAGUUGGCCGUAUCCCAGACCCAUGUUAUAUAUAAGAUCUACUAUUUAAAAAUAAUUGGCUGACGUCUCGGAAAUUAACAUUUGCGUUUACUGCCAGCUUUUGACACAGUCCAUUUUUAUCUGUGUAGUUGUGAUCAAAUCAUGCUUCUUUGUCACUCACGCUGCACAUCGCAGGUGAUUAGCUGCAUAAAUCAUUAUCUUAUGAAUUGGGUUGCCGAUGAAACCACCAAGAAGUAUUUUUUUAGUAACCUUGCAUGAAGUCAUUCAUUUCCUUUCAUACAAAGGAAGGGGUGGCGAAAUGCCAGUGGAAAUUGUGUUAAUAUCAAAAGGUGCCAUUUUAUUAUAACACUAUAUUCUUUCAAGACAAUUGAAAUUACCUUUUUAUUUUCUGUAGCAUGUAAUGUGUUAAUAUACUAGUAAAUAAAGUCAAGCCCAUGACAAAUGA